AUGCGACUUUCUGCUGCGCACUCGUUGCUGAGAUUGCUCGAGUUUGUUAGGGCUGAAAAUGGAUUUCUAUACUUUCUUUGCUACCUUCUGCCAGGCUUGCUACAUACUGCCUCGACAGUGCAUCCACGAUGUCUUAUUUGCGUCCUAACCUGCGGUUGUGCAUCUCCGCUGGUCGCAGGUCGAAUCAACUCGGCUUGCCUCUGCUCGGCAGACAACUUGCCUGAUUUAAGGCUUUCCUCUCCCCACUUCUCGCGGCCUUAUUCUUCAUUUUAUCUCUUUCAGAUGCCCACUCGGCCUUGA